AUUCCACUGUGUUUAGGAAACUGAGCCUUAAAUUUGACUUGAAGACAGCUACGCGGACUGUUUUGCUUAAAUAGUAAAGCAUGGCAUCUUUGAAGACGCUUGUUAUUUUUAUGGUGUGUUUUGCCUAUCAGGUAUCUGGAAGCCCAGUGUGGAAGGAGUACUUCAGUGUCCAAGUAAGAGAGGGUAAAGCUGAUUUCAUUGAAAAGGUCGAAAUCGACAUGGUAAAGCGGCAGACCUAUGUUCAUGUCCCUGCCCACAACACCUUACAAGAGACGGAGACCUUAAGUGACAUUAAAAAUGGUCAUUCCAUUCUGUGUUACAAAAGAGACGGAUACUGUAUUUUAAGACAGGUGGAGGACACAGGGUUUGGUGAUAUUGAUGCACUAAAGAGAGGCAUGGAAAAUGUGCAGAUAAAGGGGGGCCAAAUGAGCGCUAAUGCCUCCUUGGUUGUCCAUCAAUAUCUUUCUGUGAGCCUCGAACCAAUCACCGACCUUUCCUUUCUGACAAGUGACGCCAUUACAUUCCUGGGUGGUCGGCCACUCCAUAACAGUACUACAUACAAGUUGCCGCCUAACGCCAAGUUUCUUGCAGAUUCUGCUGUAGACAAGGGCAAGCAAAAGAGGGCUUUACAAAAAAUUGCAUAUAAAGUCUUUCAUUCUGUUGAUUCAAAGGUAUUCACCUACGUUUUUAGAUGUGAAGGAGGUAAGAUGCCCGAGGACAUUUGGGGCUACACUGCAAGCUCUGCAUGCGAAUACAUCAACGUUUGCGGUUAUGACAAAUACAACCAUGAGUGCCCAGAAAUCCAUUUCACACAACGCACACUUCUGAAAUGCAGUUGUUGCCCUGGUGUGUACGUUAAAAGUAAAUGCCUUUGUUCUUCUCCUACCGCACAUACAAGAGUCGCACCACUAACAUAAACAUUUUGUUUCUGAAAUUUGUCAUAGCGCCUUGAAUUGAUAAUAUUAUCAAUAAUAGCAUAAAUGAUGGUAUAUAAUGAAAUACAUGUACAAUGGAAUCCUAAUAUGCAGCCACUAGUCACAAUUCGUGUGAGGCAUUAACAUCUAAGAAUGCAAUACAAAAUACAAAACAUACUUGACAAUAUGUAAUUAAUGUCAAAAAUGUCAGUGGUGAAUACUGGACAAAGCUUAUUGCAAUGUUAGUGGACUUAUGAAACAAAAUUGCAAAGGGAUGAUUAACACACAAAAUAAAAUUCAAUUCAAUCAAGCGAAAUAACGGUGCCUUUGUUAGUUGCUUAGUUGCAGAAAGUUAAGAUCAAAAUUUUGUACGGAAUAUUAUCAGAGCAAA